AUGUCCCCACUCUCUGCGGUCGGCGCCAGCGGUGGUGGUACCAUCGUCGCGCAAAAGUUGGUGGUUCCGUUUCAGUCUAAGUUGACCGUCGCGCUUUGCCGCGCGCUGGUGAAGUGUUCGAAACGAUUCGAGGUACAAAUACAAAGGCUGGGUUUAGAUUCGCUGCCGGAGACCGAGCUGACGCUUCUGCGGUAUCUCUGUCCGAGCUAUCUGAAGAGCUUGCAGUUUUCCUCGUCGUCUUUGACAACAAAUGAAGAAGGUGAAAGCGAAAAGUCGUUGUCGUCGUCUUCGACCGCACCGCUCGCGGGGCAAUCUUCGUCCGCGACGACUCGAGAAGAAGGAGAAGACGAGGACGAGGACGACGAGAAGAAACAUAAACCGGCGAGCCACUUACUCCGACGAGACAUUCUGAACGAGUUCCGGAAACCUUUGGUGGUAAAAAAAGGUGACGCGAAACGAGCGUUUGACAGACGGAUAGAUGCCGCGAUCGGCGUGCUCUCGACGCUGAACGAGAGAACGGCGUUGUUGGAAAAGACGCCGGCGAAAGCGAGAUCUACGUGCGUGACGAACGGCGUAAGGGUGACGGCGAGUUCGAGUUUAAUUCCCGAGCAGAGUUCUCCAAGAGAGCAACGGUUCGUGUACGCGUAUAACGUGAGAAUUGAGAACGAGUCUAUGACAGAACCGGUGCAGUUGAUUUCGCGACGGUUUGAAAUCACCGACGAGAACGGAGGGAAAGAAUUCGUCGACGGGCACGGGGUGAUUGGCAAGCAACCAGUUUUAGGCGUCGGAGAGAAAUUUGAAUACACGAGUGCCGUGCCGUUGAAGCACCUUAAAGGCCAGAUGACGGGCGGGUAUUUGAUGGCGUCGCAACAAACCGGGAAAGUAUUCGAGGCAAAGUUGGAAUCUUUCGCGUUGAAACCGCAAGAACCGAAGAAGGCGAGAGAGGAAGAAGCGGACGCGGAGACUUCGAAAGUAACGACGACGACUGGGAGAGGAAGAAGGAGUCGCGUCAUGUAA